AUGUCCAUCGUCAACAUUCGCAACAUUGAGCUCGUCAACAACCCUGCCAAGUUUGAUGACGAGUACCACUUCCGCAUCAAGUUUGAGGCCAUUGCUCCUCUGGCCGAAGACCUCGAAUGGCGUCUCAUCUACGUCGGCUCGGCCAAGUCGGAGGAGUACGACCAGGAGCUUGACUCGUGCAUGGUCGGCCCCGUCCCCGCUGGCGUGAACGCGUUCGACUUUAUCGCCCCUGCUCCCCAGCACCACCUGUUGCCGUCGGUUGAGCCUGAUGAGAUUCUCGGCGUCACCGUCAUUAUCAUCACUGCAUCCUACCGCGACAAGGAGUUUGUUCGUGUUGGGUACUAUGUCAACACGGACUAUGAGGACGAGCAGCUCCGUAUCGAACCCCCUUCCAAGGUACUCUGGGACCAGCUCUACCGCAACGUUCUGAUCGGAAAGCCCAAGGUUACCCGUUUCCAGAACCCCUGGGACAGCGGAACGGCCGAUGCCAACGACGGCAACGAGAUUGACUCCCUGCAGUCGGGCAACACCAACCUGUACGACUCGCCAGUGCCCCCACCUGUGCAGAAGGCGGCUCCGGCCGCAGCCGGCGGUAUGGACGUGGACGAGGUCGCCGCAUAG